AUGGAAGACAUAUCUGCACGAGCUGUAUCAACAGGGUUAGAGAAAACAGGAGUGUUUGUAGGUGAGAUAGAGGGAGACAUACCUGUUGUGACUGGAGCAGCAGUAUCCAAUGGAAUAUCCUCCAAGAUGAGAACUGAGGUUAUUAGGAGGCCUGGAACCAGAGGGUUUAUUGGAGGAGAAUGGUUUGUUGGAUCUUUUGUGGUGGUACUUGGGUUUGGUUUUCUGAGUGAAGAAGGCUAUGUUGGUAUUAUCUGGUGGUAUUGCUUUGUGUUGGGUUUCUAG